AUGGAAGUAAGUCGAAGCUUAAGGGAUAAACAAAUUGAUGUUUUGGAGCGCAUGCUCCAUUUAAACAAAGAAGGAUCCGCAGAUCUCACUUUAGCCUCGAAAUCUGAGGAGAUUGUUUGGAAAGUAUUGGUGUUGGACAUGGCAUCCAGAGAAAUUUUGUCAUCGGUGCUAAGAGUCAAUGACUUGCUUCGAUGCGGAAUCACUGUCCACUCCUUGAUCAAUAGCAAGAGGUCAAAGUUGUCAGAUGUUCCUGUAGUAUACUUUGUCGAGCCUACCAAAGCCAACGUGUCCUUGAUUAUCAACGAUCUUAAUGAAGAUAGAUACGAAAACUUUUAUAUCAACUUUACAUCCAAUAUCAACAGAGAAUUACUAGAAGACUUUGCCAAACAAGUGGCUCUUCUGGGCAAGGCAAAUCGAAUUAAACAAGUGUGGGACCAAUAUUUAGAUUUCAUCGUUACUGAACCAAACUUAUUUUCCUUAAACAUUCCAGAGAUUUUCACAAGUUUCAAUACUUUGGGAACUUCAGAAGAAGUAAUUCAUCAACUAGUAGGUAGGAUCUCAGAUGGAUUGUUGUCCUUGAUCAUUACCAUGGAUGUCAUACCAAUCAUUCGCGCUCAACAAAAUGGCCCUGCAGAGUUUGUCGCUCAAGAGUUGGAUUUGAAAAUUAGAGAAUAUUUGAGCAACUCAAAGCUGCUUGGCGUUUUGGACUCUAAUGGCUCCUCUUCGCUUGCGCAACGGCCCGUUAUUAUCUUGUUGGAUAGAAACUUUGAUCUUGCAUCCAUGUUUGCACACUCCUGGAUCUACCAAUGUAUGGUGAGUGAUGUUUUCCAUUUGAAAAGAAACACAAUCAAACUAACCAAGCAUGGUAAAAACGAAGGCGAAACCGUGAGUGUGAAAAACUAUGAUAUUGACCCUCGUGACUUUUUCUGGAACAAAUACUCGCAAUUGCCAUUCCCCGAUGUCGUUGAAAACGCAGACUUGGAAUUGAAUGCAUAUAAGCAGGACGCAAAGGAAAUCACAAACAAGACUGGUAUUAGCUCAUUGGAAGAUAUCGAUCCACACGCAAAUGCCACAGCCAACAUUCAGCAAGCAGUAGAAAAACUUCCCGAGUUGACUGCCAGAAAGGCUACUUUGGAUAUGCAUAUGGAUAUUCUUUCGUGCUUGAUCAAUGAGUUGCAGGAAAAGAACUUGGACACAUACUUUGAAGUUGAACAAAAUGCCAACAAGAGCGACGCAAAGCUUUUAAAGGAAUUCUUGGAAUUGUUGCAGAAAGAUUCUGUCCAAGAUAGUUCUUUAGACAAGUUACGAACAUUCAUUAUCCUUGCGCUUGUUGGUGACAUGAGCCAGGAUUACAUUGCCAAGGCAAGAACCAUACUCAAAGAUAAAUAUCCGGACUUGGACAUGUCGGCGCUCAACUAUAUCCUCAAGUUCAAAGAAAACACCAAACUUGCAAACUUGUCAUCCUUGAAUGAUCUCAACAACCAGCAAUCAUACUCAAACUCCUCGUCCGCAUCGCAAUUAGGCUCAUCAGCCCUACUCAGCGGAUUAUCUUCCAAGCUAUAUGGGUUAACCGAAGGUAAAAUCUCUGAAGGUUUAAGCUCUAUUGCAUCGCGAAUAAAAAACUUUAUUCCUGAAAAGAAAUCAUUACCAAUUACAAAUAUUGUUGAGGCUAUAAUGGACCCACAAAACUCUUCGGCGCAAUCAGUACAAUUGACUGACGAUUACUUGUACUUUGACCCCAAAUCGCGAGGUGGAGGACACUCGAAACAACCAAAACGCCAAUCAUACCAGGACUCAAUUGUCUUUGUUAUCGGCGGUGGUAAUUACCUCGAGUAUCAAAACUUGCAAGAGCGAAGCCAAGAGGCUGGUAAGUCACCCAUGAAUAUCAUUUACGGAGCUACAAAUAUCUUGUCGCCAACAGAAUUCUUGAAGGAGUGUGAAAACUUGGGAAAUCAAAGUUGA